UCAGGGGGCUGAGAAGAUACUUAAAGCCUCUGCACCAUCAAAGAAGAAAGCAUCUCUACAGCUGGGAAGUGGAAACCUUUCAAAAUGCAAGCCUUCUGGAAGUGUGUGAUAAUCGCAGCGCUCCUUGUGUGUGGCACUAUGGCCCAAAGUUUCCGCCGUCCGACCAAAGUGAUCACCAGUUGCUGUGAAUCGGUGUCAAAGGCCCGCAUAACCUUCAAGGUGACCGGCUACAAGUGGCAGAAUGCCCUCGACCCCUGCGUGGAGGCUGUCAUAUUUUACACAGAAAAGGGGCAGGUCUGUUCCGAUCCAACAGCUCGCUGGGUUGACAAGAAAAUGGAAGAGGUACCAGAGAUGUGAGAAAAGACAAGACAUCAAGAAUUCUCACAGCAACUAUCUUCGCAUCAGGUGUCAGAGAUUAAGUGAAAAAGACAAGAUAUCAAGCAUUCUAAUAGCAACUAUUGUCUGAUCCUUAUCACCACUUUAUCAUUUUAGCAAUACAAAAGUAUGUCAGCAGAAAUAUGAAAAUUAUAGAUUGCCUCUAGAAAAAAAA